GAGAACGAAUGCAUACUAUGAUGCCCCUCAAGUUAUGACCAAAUUGUUACUGUCUACAAAGUCUAUACCGUAUUUCGUCACACAAACGCAAAUGGUACCCCAGUUUAUGACUCGCCUUGCAACAUUGCCUCAGUACAUCACCCACACCGUCUUCAAGACUUUCAUAAGAUCCAUCACUAAGACUGUCAAGACUUAUCACACAAUAACGGCAAUCAGGACGCAGAAAUUCUACUCGACUGUGUGCCCUUAUAACCAGCACUAGCAUUUAGUUGCAUAAACUUCAGUCCGUUACAUUAUACUUUAGUCUGCCGUAAACACAUCGUUUUCUUUGGCAAUUUUGUGUCAAGAGAAAACAAAUUAAUAAAACUAAAUUGUUUUAACUUGUUUUAUGGUAAAAAAAGAAGAAUAAAUUCUCAGGAUCUUUAGUUUAUAGAUUAUGUGCUAUUACGGAAUUAUAUAUGUACAUAAGUGCGUGUAUGUUUAUACAUAUAUCUCAUGUAAUUUUGGUAAGUGUCCUAUUGGUAUACUUUCAACAAUAAUAUGUAUGUUUUGAUUGGAAAGAUGGAAGCACACUUGCACAUUAGAUAAUUAGUAUGAACGGUUACGAUUUUUUUUUUUUUUUUUUUUUUUGUAAAUAAUAACAGCGUAUGAAUUAAACGAGCGAUUUGGUUACAUAUAUGUUUGAUUAAUGAUUUUUGUUACUACUUUAAAUAAAACAAUUUAUCUUUAUGAGUAU